CCAUCGCGCCGGCACCGCAGCCACCUCGACGUCCGGAUCCUCAGCCAUGGAUGUGGAUCCUCCUGCAGGAGGUGGAGCAGCCGAGGAGGAGGGGGAGGGGGAGGAAGAAGAGGGAGAGGAUGAAGACGGGGAGGAGGUGGAAGCCCUGGAUUCUGGAGAGCUCUUCGUGGCGCGCUGCAGGGCUAACCGGUCUGCCGCCACCCUCUACCUCACCUGGGUCUGGUUGGAGCUCCGGAGUCGACUGAAGACGUGCCCGCUGACGGGAAAGGACCUCACCUACACCAGAGUCCAUCCUCGCGGCCCCCUCACCGCCUCCCUCGCCGCUCACGCCGCUCACGCCGCGCACAAUCUGCCCAUCAGCUACGGCUGGUCGUCUCCGUUGCCAUCGAGCAUCGGUGACUUCGACGAGGGCUCGGUUAA